AUGCUACGAGUCGGUGUAUCUUCUUCGCCGACAAAUCUAUUAAAUGCGAGCGUUGCCGUGCUAUCAAGUCAACUUGCAUCCCCAACUAAGACGGCCGACGACGUUUUUCGUAAGAGCACGAUUGCAAAUAACCUCUUUAUAAAGACCCGCCGUGCUCUUGCCUCUCGUGUUAGCGAUGCUUCUUCUUUUCUUCGAGCCCGUAUCGCCGCUGCUUCUUUUGCCGCCGCUAAUGCUAAAGGUCCUUUGAUUGGCUUAAGUCCUGUCCCGGCGUUACGCUUACUUGCCGCCGCUGCUACCGCCGAUCUAGCUUCGCUAGACUUGCUGCGUCAGAUCCUAGCUGCAAUAGAUCGAAACAAUACUUUGCUAAAUAACUUUCUUAACCGCUAUCUCUUACCGCGAAAAGGCUCCGCCGAAAUGCUCGCUAAGCUUUUAAUCGCGGCAAUAUCGGUAGUUCCUCUUCGCGAGGUUCUAGCCGUAGCAAUACUCGUGGUUCUACGAAAGGUUCGAGUCGUAGCAAUAUCGGUAAGACUUCGAAAGGUAAGAGCAGUGCCUAAGGUGCUGCGAGAAGCUCUCGUACUAUUCCACUUAGCCUUAAAUUGUAAAGUCGAAAGGGUUUUUAUCGCGGGUCGGCAGCUUGCUAAGUAG